UCUCCGUUCCUUUUCAACCAUCAGCUCUGCCGGCGCAGCGCUUGCAUGGAGUCGAGGACGGCAGGCUUUUCAUGAGGAGAAAAUGCAUUAGGACAACCCACCGCGGGGACGCAACGCCCAAACUGCGACUAACAGUCUGACGCUCACUAGCACAUUCCAACAAACCUAAAUCGCGACUGACGACGGAUCCUUCACUAAAACCGGGAGACCUCCACCAUGCUCACCACCGCCCCCCGCCUCUACAUCCGCCGCCCGUCCCCAACAACAGCAGAGUUCACAGUCACCACCUGCCCGCCACUGACCCUCCCGCUCCGCCUGAUUCUCCUGACGCUGCACCUCCUCCGCCUCGUCCUCGUCGCAGCAGCGAUCCUCACCCUCUACUCCCGCUUCCUCCUCUUGCCCACCACCACCACCACGACGACCAAGCAACUUCUCCCGCUGCUCCUCGCAGGCGACAUCCUCACAUUCCUGACAACCCUCCUGCAGACAGCCCACUUCUCCCCACCGGGCCUCUUCCUCACCCGUCUCGUUGCGCCCAUCCCGGACUGGGCCCUCGCCCUGCUCUCGCUCGGCGCGAUUUAUGCGGCCGUCUGCUUCCAGCUGCACAAGACCGAGUCGGUUCUGGUAUUGCGCGGCUUGGGAAUUCAGACGUGUUCGUCUACUUCUUGUUGUGCUGCAGCCGUCCUGGGAUCGGGCUGGGGUGGUGUGGGGCCAGCGAGAGGCGGAGGGCCUUCAAAAUGGGGGUGGGGCACUCGGACGCGGUUUAUUCCCACUGAGAAGAUACGCGAUGUGUUGAUUAAUGAGGCCUUUCGUGGGUUUGAGGUGCGGUAUUAUCUCAUUGUUGUCGUGGAGGGGGAAGAGGAACUCGUCGUGUUGUUUCCUGGGUUGCUGCCGAGGAGGAAGAUUGUGGAGGCGGUUUGGAGAGGGAUUAGGGGGUGUUUGUUUGAGGGGGAGGGGGGUGAGAAGGGUGAUGAGUAGCUAGUAUAUUUGUAUGGCAGGAUGGAAUGGAUU